AAGUAUCAUGCUUUCUAAGCUUUGAUUUCCACAACAAAUGAACACCAUAAACUUAAAUGAAAAUUGCACUUCUUGAUCUCAAACCCAAAGCCAGGCUUUCAAGACCAGUUUCCUGAGGGAAAAAUGUCAAUUGUUAUGAUCCAGGCUUCAGCUGCUGUAUUCCGGCCAAGCGCGUCAAGAUCGAGGUUCCUUUCGGGGUCGUCGGGAAAGUUUAACAGAGCUUUGUCUGUUAAGCCAACAACUUCUUUAGUUCCCAGUUCUUUCAAAGUUGAGGCCAAGAAAGGAGAGUGGCUCCCAGGUUUGCCAUCCCCAGCUUACCUUGAUGGCAGUCUUCCAGGUGACAAUGGUUUUGAUCCUCUGGGACUUGCAGAGGACCCUGAAAACUUGAGGUGGUAUGUGCAAGCAGAGCUUGUGAACGGCCGAUGGGCAAUGCUUGGAGUUGCAGGUAUGCUAUUGCCUGAAGUCUUCACAAGUAAUGGAAUCAUCAACGUACCAAAAUGGUACGAUGCGGGGAAAGCCGAGUAUUUUGCAUCGUCGUCAACUCUCUUUGUGAUCGAGUUCAUUCUGUUCCAUUAUGUGGAAAUCAGAAGAUGGCAAGACAUAAAGAAUCCAGGAAGUGUAAACCAAGAUCCCAUUUUCAAGCAAUACAGCUUGCCACCAAAUGAUGUUGGAUAUCCGGGGGGAAUUUUCAACCCACUCAACUUUGAACCAACUCUUGAAGCCAAGGAAAAGGAGAUUGCUAAUGGAAGAUUGGCAAUGUUGGCAUUCUUGGGAUUCAUCAUUCAGCACAAUGUGACUGGAAAAGGUCCAUUUGACAACUUCUUGCAGCAUAUAUCAGAUCCAUGGCACAACACUGUUGUCCAAACACUAAGGGGAUAGGAUAAUAAAAUCUGGGCAAGAAUAUGUAAACUAUGUGAUUGUAGACAUGGGAAUAUCAGUGUACAGGAUUGUUAUUGUACCGACUUCUUUAAAUUUCUCGAAACUCGAUAUAAAAAAUAAGAAAUUCGCUUC